CUUCCCCACUGUUUCUUAGUUUCUUUCUUCUCUUUUUCUAACUUAUCUCUUCUCCCACUCCGACUCUCUCUCUCUCUCUCUACCUAUAUAUUUUUCUAUUCCCCAAAUUUGUCCCAUACCUCCUCUCGCUCUGAAACCCUUGGCCCAGCAUAAUCUCUCUGCAUCGUCUCAGCUUCAAUCCACUCGGUAGGCAAUCGGAGAACGAAGUGUAAUCGAGAGGGCGUCUCAUCCAGCAUUUGUUUCACUUCCAGUCCAAUCUCGCUUUCGCCGAUUUCUCCACCCACAUGGCAUCUGGAUCGUCGGGUCGACCCAGCUCGGGUUCCAAGGGAUUCGAUUUCGCCUCCGAUGACAUCCUGUGCUCUUACGACGACUUCGCCAAUCAGGAAUCCUCCAAUGGAACUCAUUCCGAUCCCAUCCCCGCCUCCAAUCCCUCCAAGGGUUUUGAGAAAAACAGGUUGUCUAGGACAUCUGGUUACCAACCUGCUUCCUACGGCCAGGCUGAUGAUUCCUUCCUCCAAGAUGUGAUCUCUGCGGUCGAGAGGAAUAUGAAAAGGCAUUCCGAAAACCAGAUGCGCUUUCUUGAAGGAAUCAGUUCCCGCCUCUCCCAGUUGGAGUUAUAUUGUUACAAUCUCGAUAAGUCAAUUGGAGAAAUGCGAUCUGAUUUAACUCGCGACCAUUCCGAGACAGAUACAAAGCUCAAAGCGGUCGAGAAACAUCUUCAAGAGGUUCACAGAUCUGUCCAGAUUCUAAGGGAUAAGCAAGAACUUGCCGAUACUCAGAAAGAACUAGCUAAACUUCAGCUUGUGCAGAAGGAAUCCUCUUCAACAACCCAUUCACAGUCUACUGAGGAGAAAAAAGCUUCACCACCACCUGCUUCUGAUCCAAAAACGAACGAAAACACCUCUGAAGCACAUAACCAACAAUUGGCUCUUGCUCUUCCACAGCAGCAUCAGCAGCAGAUAUCUGCUCCCCCGCCCUCUCAAUCCCCUCAACAGACUGUGGCACAACAACAACCUCAGACCUAUUAUCUUCCAACAGGCCAGCCAUCUCAGAGCCCAUACAUGCCUCCCGAUUCUCAAUAUAGAUCAAACCAAAUGCAAGCGAUGCCAUCUCAACCAGCUCCAGUGCAAGUAAGUCAGGCACCACCACAGCCUAGCCAGCAGCAAUAUCAUCCUCAGUAUCAACAGCAGUGGUCUCAACAGCCGACCCCAAUGCAGCACCCCCAAGUGAGGCCGCCACCUUCAAACGCGGUUUACUCUCCCUAUCCUCCUCAUGGUCAAUCAUCAACCGCUGCUGCCGCUGCUGCUCCACCACAAGAGACCAUGUCGAGCAGCAUGCCCAUCCCUUCAUCUUACUCUACAGUUCCACAGCCUUAUGGGUAUGGUGGAACGGUGAGGCCAGCUCCUCAGCAGCAGCUUCAACAACCUCAACAAAUUAAGGUCCCAUUUGGGGGUCAAUCGGGUGAUGGAUUCACAACUACUGGACCACAUGGUGCCCUCCCACCUGGGAGUGCAUAUGUGGUGUAUGAAGGUGAAGGGGGUAGGGCUCAUUUUUCACAAGGUGGGUACCACCCUCCACCAAACCUCCCUCUCCAGAGUUCUCAGCAGCCAGGUGGCGCAGCACCAGCAGCUCCUAUUCCUAACAUGAUGCCCAGAAACCCUGGGCAGGGCCAGUUUAUCCGCAACCAUCCCUACAAUGAAUUGAUCGAGAAGUUGGUGAACAUGGGUUUCAGAGGGGAUCAUGUGAUGGGCGUGAUUCAGAGGAUGGAGGAAACUGGGCAGCCCGUGGAUUUCAAUGCAGUGCUUGACAGGUUAAGUGUGCAUUCUUCUGGGAGCUCUCAGAGAGGGUGGUCAGGAUGAAAAGAGGUGUGUUGUGUCUCUUCAAGAGUCGGCAGCUGUGGUUGUCAAUGUUAUGUGUUGAGUUGAAUAAAUGAUGAUGAAUGGACAAAGUGAGAAUGUAAAUGUGUAUCUACAUUAGUAGUUUCUGUGCUAGGGCUACAUUUUUUUUUUUUACUGCCAAGUGAUGGGUGGAGUUGUUCCCUGUGGUUUUAGGAAGAGGGAACUCCAUUUUCUACUCUCGUUAGUGUUGUGUGUUGUCUUCUCUUGUAGGUCGCUUGGAUGGGGCGGUUACUGCUUUGCUGCCCUUGAGCGAACCAUUGAACAUUCGCAAUAAAGCUGACUUUGUUGGAAGUUGGAUCCAUUGUUGCAUUUGUGUCUUUGUUUCCUAUGCAU